GAUGUUCUCGUUAAUUACGCGCAUUGUGCGUCAGUUUCUUAUGAGCAUUAGAGAUGCUUGGACUCGUAGACCGAUCAAUUUAUAUCGUUGACGCAAGAAAAAACGGAAAAAUCGUAAUGCAUGAAUGCGAUCCGGAUCAUAUCGCGCUUAUAUUAGCGAUCGAGAAUGGAGAGUUCGACGAGGCGAGUAAAAUUUUGGCGCGUGAUAGCAAAAAUAGAUAUGUGCGUCCGGUGGGUGCUCUUCAAGUGACAGCCGUGCACAUGGCUGCGUGGCAGGGGAAUAUUGAUCUGUUGAAUCAACUCUACAAAAAAGGCGCCGACAUAAACAGUAUGGAUAAAAUUGGUAGAUGCGCCCUUUAUUAUGCGGCACACAACGGUAAUACUGACGUGACAAAGUGGCUUCUUCAACACGGAGGGCACAUCGACGUUAAAGUCGGUAUCUAUUCGUGUACCAAGAACAUCCCAUAUUCUUCGCUGACAAAAUGCUUACUCGUAGGAAGAAAAUUGCCGUUACCCGUGUGCUGGGGAAGAACGCCGUUGCACCAGGCAGUAAAAAAUAAUCACGCAGACGUCGUGCGCGUUUUGGUGGAAGGCGGUGCGGAUGUGAACGUUAAAGACGAGUGCCUGGUUACUCCGUUGCUCUUGGCAGGAAGCGCGGUGAAUCGCGAUGAUCUCAAUGAGAUGACUAAGUUUGUCGAGAUCGUUAGGAUUCUGGUCGCCGCGAAGGUGUUCGUGAACAUUAUUCAUCCGGACACGGGUACCACUGCUUUGCACCAUGCAGCGAUGCUAGGUAGUGCCGAAGCGACGAAGAUAUUAUUGUCAAAUGGUGCAUGGCCAAUGUAUAAAUGCAAGAGCUCCGGAAGCACGCCUCUACAUAUCGUCGCGAGUACAGGGAGUAUCGAGACACUAAUGGUUCUACUUGAAGUAAUGCAACGUCAUAACAUUGAUACGCGCGAUCAGAUCAAUCGUACGGCUCUUCAUAGAGCGUCUUAUCAGGGACAUCGCGAGUGCGUACGAGUUUUAAUCAAUCAUGGAGCUAAUUUAGCCGCCGUGACGAAGACUGGUGUCACCGUCGUUGAUGCUAUAUUCGCUCAUAUUUCGCGACCAUUGGCCUUUUUAACAGAUAUCUUGGAUUCUUGCGUACGAACGGCCAAUAAUACUCCUUCGGAGAAAUACGAGAAUAUUACCGUUGACUUCGGUAUACUGGCUCCAAAGCACCAGAUGCAAAUGGCAGUAGUUACGGCCGUUAUAGCCGUAGUUUCGGAUAUAAGGCAACUGGCAAUAUUACAGCAUCCACUUGUGGAGACGUUUCUCAGACUAAAGUGGGCGAGAUUAAGGAUACUUUUCUUUAUUCUUAUACUUGUACACUUGUUCUUCGUCAUUUCACUCUCGGUCUACGCUAUAAUGUUUACACAUCAUGACGCUGACCACGUGGUGACUCGAAGAAUCCUAGCGACCUGUUCCUGUUUUCUUUUGUUUCACAAUAUGAUUCAAGUUAUAUUAGAACCCAAGCAUUAUUUGCGACAACUCGAGACGUGGUUAUCACUGAUAUGCGCCAUGCUAUCCUUGGUGACAUCGAUAGCGGGCGAAUUUGUUAAGUGUUCGAAGGAAGAAAUUGAGACUCGGCAUUGCGUGCACUGGGUGCUACAUUCCAUCAGCAUCGCAAUCUUGUUGAGUUGGAUGCAAAUGAUGUUAUUAAUUGGUCGAGUUCCAAUGUGGGGAUAUUACGCGCUCAUGUUUUCCACGGUGUUGAAGAACUUUCUAAAGGUUCUCCUGGCGUUUGGCUACCUGAUUGUCGGAUUCGCGUUGAGUUUUGUAGUUUUGUUUCACGGAAACGAUCAAUUUGAUGAUUUCUGGAAGACUAUCGUAAGGACUAUGGUAAUGAUGAUGGGCGAGUACGAGUACGAGGACCUGUUCAAAGAGAACAAGUCAAACAGCACCGAGAAUGACAACGGUACUUUUUUACCAGUUACAAGCAGAAUUGUGUUCUUCGUCUUCAUUAUGCUCGCCAGUAUCGUUUUGAUUAAUCUCAUGAUCGGUUUGGCGGUCAACGAUAUUCAAGGUCUCGAGAAGGAGGGCCACAUACGUCGACUACUAAAACAAGCAGAAUUUGUCGCACAUUUAGAGAGGGUGACGUCACACAGAAUCUUUCGCAGCAAUUGGCUACAUCCUCGCUUAAGAAUGCUGUUGCACUCGAGACGCGAUAUUCCCACAAAAAUUACGUUGGUCUCUCGUGAAAAUUAUUUUCAUCAUAUGAGUCAUUUUACGGAAUCGCCUCCUAAGAUUCCCGCCGAUUUAAUAGAAGCUUUAUUUUUGUUAGCCACCAAGACAUCCUUCAAGAACGAUAAUUUGGCGGACAAAAACAUAGAAAUAUGCGAUAUGAAGAUGACUUCUAUACUGUCCAAUUUGGAAGAACAAAUCCGGGAAUUGAAAAUACAUUGUUAUCGUAAUUUGACGAAUCGAAGAUCGUCGAAACGACGCAGGUUCAAAAGAAAACCUGCCCCAAAAAAACUUGUAAACACUUAGUAUAUUGCAUGUAUGUGACGUACAUUGCAAUUAAUUUUCAAUGUGCUAGACGUUAGCCCGACAGCAACAUUUAUUAUAAUCAUUAAAUAAAGCGCCAUAGAUAAUGUCCUUCUGCCUCAUUGGUAUUGCAUAAUAUUUAUAAAUAAUAUAAAACAAAUGUUUUCUACAGAAUAAAAAAAGUAAAGCGAAAUGCAUCUCAUUGUCAGUACAUACACAGUUGCAC